AUGCCGUCUCCCACCUACCACCUGCUCAUUGUUCUCAGCCAGAUACAGACUCCUCCCUCUUCUGCUCCAUCCGACCAUCUGCCUGCCCACUGGAACUCACAACCGUCAUUUAUAUUCACUGUUAUUCAUCUUCUGAUCAUGUCUCAUUACAACGAUACAAGUUUUUAUUUCCCGGACGUUGGAUAUCAAAAUCAUAAUGAUUCUAACUUUUACUUUUCGACCACCGACCGUUUUGGAUGGCAAAAUCAACAUCAACAUUAUAUUUUACACGGAUCAUCACAAUCAGCAGUAGUUCAAACGGGAAACUGUCUACAAGGUGUUCGGCAGUGCUAUUCAACAGUCCAAUAUCCUCAAAACACAAUAGUACUACACUUCCCAUGUCAGGCUGCACAUCAGCAUUCACUUCAUCAAUUGAAACAAGUUUCGGGACCGUCACAGCAAAUCGCUCCGAAGAGAAUGUCAGUAGAUGAGCAGAUUACGCUGGGAAUGGAAGAAUUUUUGGAGCGAGUUCAAGAUUACCAACAACCAGAGCAAAGCCAACAAUUAAUAUCACAAGAACCACGACCAAAUCGGGGGACGCCACACACACUACACUAUCAAAAUGCUUCUGAAAUUUACAAACAGCCUCUGCCAAAUCAUUCUGGACAAUUGCAAUUCCGACUUCCGAAUCAUUCGGUUUGGUCACAACCACAGCAAUUCCAACAACAAAUAACUCAAUCACCUCAUGCUUGGGCAACUUUACCGAAUCCUGAUUUUGUGAUCUCGCCACAACAACCACCUUCUGGAAAUUCAGAAAUCCCAACAGCACAAGACAGUUCUCCGAUUAAAGCCAAAUCAGAGACACACACUUUGGAACCAGUGGAUCAAACGAUAGCUGAAACACGCACAAACUAUCCAAGAUAUGCAAAAAAAAAAUUUUUCACAGCGUAUCAACUUUUUGAACUGUGCAAAAGGUUUUCUGUAGCUGAUAGAAUUGUUGGCGAAGAAAAAGAGGAGUUGGCUGCAAAAAUCCGAGUAUCUCCACAUCAAAUUGCUAUUUGGUUCAAAAACAAAAGGAAUGAGAUAAGGAAAAAGUUGAAUCCGAAUAACUACAAAACACCCAAAUAUAUAAAUCCUAGACUGAGAAAUCCGAGAAAUCAAUAG